UCGCUGCCCACAGCACCUGUUGGCACCGGCUCUGAGACGAUGAGGGAAGAGGAGAGUGCCGGGGAUGCAGAGCCCACCAAGCUCCAGCUCCGGAGGGAGCUGGGGCUGGCCAGCUCUGUGUCCCUGAUCGCGGGCUGCAUGAUCGGAUCCGGGAUCUUCAUGAACCCUCAGCAAGUCAUCUACCAGAUGGGGAGCCCUGGGGGCAGCCUGCUCAUCUGGGCUGCCUGCGGCCUCCUGGCCCUGCUGGGAGCCCUGAGCUACGCCGAGCUGGGCACGCUCAUCCCCGAGUCGGGAGGAGACUAUAUCUACAUCCUCAGGACCUUGGGGGCACUCCCCGGCUUCCUGGUGAUUUACAUGUCCACGCUGCUACUCAGGCCGGCUGGAAUCGCCGCCAUGUCCUUGAGCUUCGCCGAGUACAUGGUGGCCCCCUUCUACCCUGGCUGCCCCGCACUGCCUGCGGUGGCCAUCAAAUGCGUGGCUGCCAUCUGCAUCCUGGUCCUUGCCUUGGUCAACUGCUGGAGUGUGAGGCUGGCUGCCGGCCUCAUGAACGUGUGCACGGUAGCCAAGGUCUUGGCGCUGCUGGUCAUCACCGGCGGGGGCCUCUGGGUGCUGGGACAGGGUCGGGCUGGGGAUGCCCUGCAGAAUGCCUUUGCCGGCACCAGCCAGCAGCUGGGGAGCAUCAGCAUUGCCUUCUACCAGGGCCUCUGGUCCUUCAAUGGGUGGAAUAAUCUCAAUCUGGUGACAGAGGAGCUCCAGAACUCCAGUAAGAACCUGGUCCGGGCUGUGGUCGUCUCCAUCCCCCUGGUCACGGGCCUCUACAUCCUCGUGAACCUGAGCUACAUGGUGGUCAUGAGUCCCAGCGACAUCCGGGAUUCCGGCGCUCUGGCCAUCAGCUGGGGGAACCAAGUCUUAGGAGCUUGGGCCUGGCUGGUGCCUGUGUCAGUGGCUCUCUCAACAUUUGGCUCCGUAAACGGGGCCUUUUUCGGUGGGAGUCGAGUGUGCUACGUGGCUGCCAGGGAGGGGCACAUGCCAGCCAUCCUCUCCAUGGCCCACAUCCAGCGUCUCACCCCUUCUCCAGCGCUGACGUUCACGGCUGUCGUAGCUCUGAUCAUGGUCGUUCCAGGAAACUUCAGCAGCAUCGUCAACUUCUGCAGCUUCGUCUUGUGGAUGAUCCAUGGAGCCACCAUGGGCUGCCUCCUCUAUCUGAGAGUGUGGAAGAAGGACCAGCCCAGAUCCUACAAGGUUCCUAUCCUCAUCCCAAUCAUUGUUCUGCUGGCCUCCAUCUACCUGAUCCUGGCGCCCAUCAUCGACCAGCCGCAGAUGGAAUUCCUGUACGUCUUCCUGUUCGUGCUCAGUGGCUUCCUGGUGUAUUUCCCCAUGGUUUACUGCCGGUACCAGCCCCCACUCUUGAAGGUGGUCACAGCACAGCUUCAGCUCCUUCUAGAAGUGGCUCCCACCAGGAAGAACGUGGACUGAUGGCUGCCAGCCAUCUUCAAGGCUUGCCGUGGGCCUUGGCUUCCUCCUGUUGUUUUCUACUGCGACCUUAGUGCCUGUGCACAGUUACAUGCAGAGCGUAAGAAAGAAGUCUGUGUCCGAAGUUGGAAACUUUGGUUAUCUAGAGUUUAGUUGUCCUUGUUUCGUGUCUAUUAAAUCUCGUCUACACUUCCCUGCUCGUCCGUGUCCCCCUUCUGACCCUCCUCAGGAGACUUUCAAAAGUUUCCUGGAUGGUUUUUCUGUAUUUUCUUCUUUGGCUGCAUCACCUCUUUACUCCCCUACCCGCUCUGGGUUGGCUCUCCUAACCGAUCUUGGUCAGGGACUUAGAGCAAAGCUAGUUCAACCCCCCUCAGGAGAGAGAGGGGCUGAGGAGCUCUGGAGCCCCCCAGGACACAUGAGCUGCAGUCCCCGUUUUCAGUUGACGUCUGUCCUUGCUCUAUCCUUGUUAUUAGCCACUUAACCUGAAUUAGCUUUCUUGGAGACACUAUCUGAGAAAGUAUAGCAAGAAACAGAAGAAAUCUUCCCAGGAACUUGUCGUUUCACUCAUCUAUGACUCUUUGUGGCCCCAUUUGGGGUUUUCUUGGCAGAGAUGCUGGAGUGCUUGGCCAUUUCCUUCUCCAGCUCAUUUUACAGAUGAGGAAACUGAGGCCGACAGGGUAAAGUGACUUGUCCAGGGUCACACAGCCAGUAAAUGUCUGAAGCCAGAUUUGAACUCAGUAAGAGGAGUCUUCCUGACUCCAGGCCCAGCAGCAAGUUAGCAUAUUUAAAAAAGAAGAUACAAUUUUCAAACAAGGUGAAUAUGUCCAUUUGUUUUGCUGGACUAAACAUGUUUGUAAUGCAAAAUGUUCUUGCUUUCUCAAUGGGAGAGCAGAGGGAGGGAGGGAGGAGAGAAGGUGGACCUUUAUUGAAAUAAAUCAAUCCACUAAAAAAGAGAGAAGAUAUGACAGAACAAGAAUCCCCCUCCCCCUCCCCCUCCCCGAGAGAAACAGUGCACAGCCACUUCCCAAACUGGGAGCCGCUUCUUGGGCUCUAGGAAGAGUGAAUUCCCACUCAGUGUGGGGACCCCUAGUCAUCCUUUCUAGGGGGGCAUCCUUGGGAUAAAUUACUCCCUGCCCAGAAGUAGGGCAUUGGGUACAGGUUCAAUUCACUGCUAGGUAAGGUGAGGCAAAACCCUCCUCAGAACUCCUUUCUGGACUCUGCUGCUGGGGCUCCCAGAAGAUUCUGCAACUGACCCUAGUUGGACCUAGCGGGACCUCUGCUGACUUUUCAAAGGUAACUAGGUCACAACAUGCUCUCUUCUAUCUAUUAUUGACCUAAUACCAGGAAAGAGUACCCCCAACAGAGGCAGAAACAAGGGUAGCCCUUCGGGCUUAGAUACAUAUUGACAGAGCUAGGAAGAUAAGGCAGUUGCAUCAGCAUGUGCUGCUGACACUGCUACCACUUCUCCACCUUCUGGAAGACUCCCAGCCCUUCUCCUCUCAAAAACCCUCUAGUCAAGCCUUUUGUGUGCACUCUGGUUCCUGCUUAGCAUUUCAAAGAGCCUUCACAGACUUGUUCUGGUUAUCAUUAAUGCUGGAAGUUCCUCUACUAUAUUAAAAAUCCAUUUCUUCUAGAGAAUUAGGCUAGAUUUUGCAAGAUUCACUUUUUUCUUUCAUCAUGGACAUAUUCCUGUGUGACUCUAUCUGGCUGCUUAGCACUUAAGCUCUUUCUUUUUGGUUCUUCAUAGUAUUGAAUUGUUUAAGCUGGGAUUUCUGGAUAUUGGCCAUAACAUUUCUGAAUGUUUUCCAUUUGAGGUUCCUUCCAGGAGAAGUCCAAAGGAUUCUUUCUACUUUCACUUUGUCUUCUGGCUACAUUGUGGGGAGUUUUUAAUAAAUAAUUAAAAAAUAAGUUAUACAGGUUUUUUCUUUGGACAUGUGUUUGAGAGAGUUUGAUGAUUCUGAAAUUAUCUCUCCUCAUCCUGUUUUCCAGGUCAGUUUUUUAAAAUAUUAAUUUGAAAAAGUUUAGGGUUCCAUAUUUUCUCCUUCCCUUUCACCCUCCCUUCCCCCAUUCUUAAGUAGGUCAGUUGCUUUUUAUACUGGAUAAUAUUUGAGGCAACAUUUAUUUAUUUAUCAAUACAAUUCAGCACAAUGUCUGGCACAUAGUAAGCCAGUGCUUAAUAAAUACUCAUUUCCUCCUGUCUUAUCAUACUUACCUUCUUCCUCACACAUUCUUAGCAUUUUCAGUCUUUGACUUACUGUGGCAAAAAAAGAAAAAGAAAAAAAACACUUAGUUCCAACUUAGGAUACAAAUUAGUAAAAGAGUUUCUUUCACAUCUUGUUGCAAUUCUGGUCAGCAUUAGUUGCUCUAUAGAAAAGGAUUGCUAUGAGACAAGUAGAUUUAUGAAGAUGAGCCAUUUCAAACCAGAGAUCUUUACAGAUUAUAGAAAACACAUCAUCUUGCUGGUUCACAACUGUCUAGUCAUUGGAUUUGGGGGCAUUUUGUGGGGUUCCAAGGGAGGGGAAACCAAGGCUUCUGCCUUAGAAUUAAUAGUAUCAGUUCCAAGGCAGAAGAACAAGUGAUAAAACUAGAAAAUUAGGGUUAAGUCACUUGCCUAGGGUCAUAGACCUCAGAAGUAUCUGAGGCAUGAUUUGAACCCAGGACCUCCUAUCUCCAGUUUAGGAAUUAAAUUUUAAAUUUUUGACUAAAAUAUAUGAACAUUAUAAAGAAUAUGGCAAUUGCUGAUUUAAAGUAUUAUUGCUCAAUGUCAAAAUGAUUUGAAUAGCUUUUAUUUACAAAAGAGGUGUAAAGAGUGAAAGUAGAGAAAUACAGAAAGGUAGAGAAGACAUUUAGCCUCUCUAUCUAAAUAUUUCUCUGGUGCUCCACUCAGCCAGGACUUGUUGACUUUCCACUGGAAUCAAACUUUCUCCAGAAGACAGGAAAAGAAAGUCAGCUAUUCACUCAACCAAGUUCCUUCUAAGAGGCAGGUCAAGAUGAUGACUUGAGCUGAAGGUGACUCCUGAGGCCCACUUUCUUCUUGAAGCUGCUUCUCUACUCCAGAAAUUCUGGGCUCCCUUGGGGAGUGUCUGUGGGAUCUACUUUUCACCUUCUGGAGUGGUAAAUUCUCAUCAAAAGCAUUCACAGAUUCCUGGCUGAUUAAGUUUCUGAGGGUGUGAAUUCUCUAAGUGGUUUGUGAGCUCCUCCACCUAGUUCAAGUUUUUAUUGAUUCAAUCAAAGGAGAUUUAAUCCUGUCUUCACAAUCUAGUGGGGUACUAAUUAUUAAUUAGUUAAUUAAAUUAGUAAAUUAAAUAAACUAAUUAAAUUAUUAUGAACCAAAGUGUUAGCUCCAACUAGGCAAAAAGAGUUUACAAGUGUAAACUCAGAAUAAACAAAGAGAAUCAAGAAUUUCCUUUCACAAUAGGCCUGGCUUUCUGUCUACUGAGCCACCUUGCUGCUCCUAAGAUUUUCUAAUCUAUAGGUCUAUAAUUGGAUUUAGGAGGUAGCUAGGCGCAUAGUGAAUUGAACAAAGGGACUGGAGUGGCAAAGGUAUGAGUUCAAAUAUGACCAAAUACUUCCCGAGUGACCCUGAACAACUCAUCAUUUUGGCCUCAGUUUCUUCACCUGUGAAAUGAGCUAGAAAAUGAAAUGGCAAACAAAUCUCAUAUCUUUGCCAAGAAAAUCUCAAAUGGGGUCACAAAGAGUCAGACAUAACUGAAACAAUUCACUAAUUAGGUUUAGGAUCCAAGGCAGAGUGGGCUAUGUCUAUAUUUGUCUUUUGCUUGAUCUUGCACAACAACUGAAGAAAAAAAAAGGUAAAAGAAGGGUGAAAUGUACUAACCAUUGAAUACCAAAUUAGAGCUUUAUUCUAGAAUGGCAUUAGUAAUUGCAAGAAAGGGAGAGCACAGUACUCCCCUACCUCUGCCAAUAUAGGCUCCAACAUUUCCUGUUGUCUCCUGUUCUGUUUGUGCCAUUCUAUUUUUCAGAGUAUCCACUAUUUAGGUAAGUGCUCCAUUUUGUAUUUCAAGAUGUUUAGUCUCCUUCUAAUUUGCUUCAACAUCUUAGUUUUAUUAUUAUUAUUUUUUUGUCUCUGUUUCUUUUUUCCAGUCUUAGACAUGUUGUAGCCAAGCCAUCUUCUUCUGAGGUUCUCUUUGUAUUUACCAGGCUCUGCUUCUGGUUUCUAAACUCAGAAGAUUUCUUUAUUGUAUUUGGAUUGUCCUUUAUUUUUGAAUAAAAUGUUAAUAAAUAUUAAACAUUAAUCCUAUAAUACAACAUUUUAUUACAAUGUUAAAUAAUAGAUUUUUAAUUUUAGUAAGAUUUUAAAGAAAGUAAAAUAGUAAUAAUAAAGAUGAUGAUUUAUUAAUAACAUA